AUGGCCAUAGUGACUAAACAACUAAUUGCAGAAGAAUCAAGUGGUGCUAUCAUUCGAACGAUCAAUGCACUAAACAAUCGUGAUUUAGCAAUGAACAAUACACUAUCACCAUUAUUUGUAGGUGAAAUUCGACUAUUUGCAGGUCUCUUGCCACUCCCACUACCUCGACUAGUCUGUAAUGGAUCUCAUGUAUCACGCACACAAUAUUCGUUUCUGUACAAAAUAAUUAGGAACUCGUAUGGCGCUACUGACAACGAAACAACAUUUAUGUUGUCCGAUUUUCGGGGUCGAGUACCUCUGGGAGUUGAUGCAUUUGCGAUGCGUAUGGAUUAUGCUACUAACGCUGGUCUAGUUGGAGGACAAGCAAUACAUACAUUACGUGUCGACCAAUUGCCAAAACAUGCUCAUGGUUCAGGUUCACUAACAACUUCGACUGCAGGUGAGCACUAUCACACUAUUUCAGACCCUGGUCAUGACCACGGAGGUUAUACAAACAAAGCUGGAAGCUUAUCACGGCAUUCGGCAGGAGGUGAUCUUAUAUUUGAAAUGGCAUAA